GCAGACGCCGCCGGCGGACUCCGCAGUCGGGGCGGGGCCGGGCGCCAGCGCGGGGAGCUUGCGCCCAGCGGGGCCGCCGAGACCGCAGGCCCGGGGCCUCCCAGCCGCAGUGAGCAGCUCCCGGCGAGCGGCCCGCAGGAGCGGGCGCCUGUAGGCAUUCCUACAGGCCCUCUGCCUGUUGCUGCAGUGGAGAGGACCUCGCGACCUACCGCAGACCUGCUGCACUCACAAGUAUCCCUCCCUCUUAAUGAGCCUCAGUUCUUCAAAUCCUAGCGCUGUGUGGACCGUGGAAACCUCUGUUCAAACCCUCGAUUUGGGCAGAUGUUUGCCAUCCAGCCAGGGCUGCCUGAGGGAAGCCAGUUUGCUGGAGCCAUGUCUCCUGGAGUGUGUCAACCUGAACUCCAACCAGACAGCAACUCUAACUUCAUGGAAAGAGCCAAGGAUGCCAAUGAGAACUGGCGUGGGAUGCCAGGCAAAGUGGAACCCAUCCUGAAUAGGAGCACGUCUGAAUUGUUCUCUGACAACCAGGCCUUCCAGGCCUCCGGACUCCCUGAGGGGGCAGUCCGCAGCCCCCCAGAGGGCGCAGAAAUUCUUGGUGCUGAGCCUGAGAAGAAUGAUGAUACCGUCACUGUCUGCUCCCCUCUAGAGGACAAUGGCUAUGCCAGCAGCUCCCUGAGCGUCGGCAGCACUAGCAGCAGUCCUGAGCCUGCCUGUGGGAGGCCUCGAGGUCCUGGCCCUCCUCCACAUCCUCUUCUGCCCUCAGUGGCCCAGGCUGUGCAGCAGCUGCAGGCACAGGAGCGCUACAAAGAGCAGGAGAAAGAGAAGCACCAUGUGCAUUUGGUGAUGUACCGUCGCCUGGCACUACUCCAGUGGAUUCGGGGCCUGCAGCAUCAGUUGGUUGACCAGCAGGCCCGUCUGCAGGAUAGCUUUGACACCAUCCUAGAUAACCGGAAGGAGCUUAUCCGCUAUCUCCAGCAGAGGGCAGCACCAUCCAGGCCCCCAAACCAGGACUGAGUGUGCUUCCACCAAAGUGCAAGGGUGUACAUGUGUUUCUGCAGGUGUGUGUGGCUGUACAUAGAUAUGCACAUGACUAUUUGUUGGCAGGAGUGUAUUAAUGUAAGCAGGUAUGUGCAGGCACAUGUAUGUGAACUUGCAUAUCCUGUGUAUGCCUGUGUACCUACAAACUAAUUUAUAUGUAUGAGUGUGUAAGAAUGAAUGUAUGUAUGUAAGCUUUAGUAAAUUUGUGCAUGCAUGUAUGGACAGGUACCAGGGAAUGUAUUUAUAUGUGUAUGAGUGAGGAUGUACAUGCAAAAGAUAUGUGUACAGGCAAGUGAUGGAUAUAUGUGAGUGAACCUUGUGUGGUCAGGGCUGGGUGUAGGGAUGCAUGUGUACAGAAGCAGGCAUGGGCUAGCAUAUGAUGGGAGCAUGUGGAUUUGCAGGCAGACUGACUUGCACCAAAGAGGCAUCUAUCCAUACCUGUUAACCACGGUCUACCUAGCCCUUUUUCUGCCCUGUGUCCCUCUGCUCUCUGGAGAGAAAGGGAGCUCUGCUGUUGUCUUUUAUUGGAGGGUUGUAGCCGAUCCAUUCUCCUACAUUAUUCCAGGGCACCUUUUCUUCUACCUUUCCCUUUUUUAUCCCAGAUCUUGCUCUGCUAAAGCCGUUGUCUCUCUCUGAUGUUGGCUUUGCUAAAAGUGGUUUCCUGGCUGCUCUGGCCUGCUAUGCAUUUGGGCCGCAGUUCUGUUAGGGCAGUAAGUGGAAAAUUGGUACCAGAGAGGGAGCUGGCAGGGGGUGGCAGAGCUCAUGGCAGUGUGGGUACGGGCAUUGAGGUGGAGUUAAGAUGUUAUGCUCCUUUUCAGCUUUGCCUUUGGUGACAUGGGAAGUGAGGAUGAGGAAGAUAAAAAUGGUAGGAACCUGUGAGAAAUAGGGUGGAAAUCCCAGAAUACCAAGUAGACCAUACCUCUCGACUGGGAAAAGUUGUUGAAAACCAUAUUAAUUUAAGCUUCUGAUGAAAAGGGAUAUGUGCUUGCAAGUUACAGAUGAGGUGUUCCAAGGCUACCUGGCUUUAACAACAUUGAAUGUCCAGCAGUUUGGUCCAAUUGGCUUGGUCCAUUUUCUGCAGUGGGGUGAGGGCAGUGUCAGCCCGGCCUGUAGAAGCUCCUAGGCUGCUCUUCUGUCAUCGCAUGGACCUUUAAACGGGAACUGACCAGACUGACAGGACUCCGUGACUUUGAGAGCAGAAGGGUCUUGAAGAGAAACAAGAAGUCAGGUUGUGCAGCUCUCUGCUUUGCUUCCAAGAGCCAAAGGAGUGCAGGAUACUGGAGGGCAGGUGGUGGCAUGAAGAGGUAUGCUCUAGGGCUGGGGAUUUAGCUCAGUGGCAUAAGCACCUGCCUGGCAAGCACAAGGUUGUGAGUUCUUAGGUGAAUGAUGGCAUGGAAAUCACUGAUGCUGCCUCUGGCCCUCAGCCUCCUUGUCUUCUCUAUCUCUGAAGCGUUUCAUGCAUGUUGAAUGACUGAGUGAAAGGUAUAGGGAAUGGAGAAAGCGUGGGCCCUGGGGAUUUCUUUGUACAGUUCUUGCAUGAUUAAUGUGAACCUGGCCUCUGGACCAACUCUGGAUAAAUAAACCGAGGCAGAAAAUUAAA